UCUUCCUGUCUCUCCCUCUCGGCUCUCUCUCAUCUCUCACUUCUCUCCCUCUUCUCUGCACUGCGCACACAUGCACGCACCCAUCUCCCCGCGCGAGGAAGCCCAUCACCCUUCAUCACCGCGUCCUGCUCUCUCUCUCUCUCUCCCUCUCGUUCCCGCGACCCCAGAGAACCGGAAAAGGAGCUCCGGCGAGAUUUUUCAAUCUCCGGUUAGGACGAAAUCGAAGCCGGGUGUAAGCACACCCAACUCCGGCGACCUCGGGGGUUUUUCCGGCCAUCUCCGGCCAUUCCACGACGAAAGGAAGGGGCAAUUAUUGGUGACGUUUUCUUGUUCGUUAGUUUGCGUGACUCUUCGGCGGCUAAGUAUUGUGAGUGGACCCCUUCAAAAGCAUGUUUUAAUAGUGGAAAUGCAUACAUGAAAGGCAUGAUUUAAUGAUUACGUUUUAUGAAACGUUUUGUGAGAUAACAUGCUUAU